UGAUCACGUGAAAAUGAGUGUGGAGAUUCCUGUUCUGGGCCUGGCAUUUGUCUUACAAUAUAAACAUACCAAGCGAGCAAUGGGACCCAUACGGACAUAAUCCAACACAAGUAAUACCAAGUGGAAGAUCUUCGAAGAGAAGAGAAAGGAGCCACAGGGCACAUACUGUACGUGCUCUGAAGAGCAGGAUACAGCUGGUUUCGGUAGCAGACAGAGGGCAAUGUCAAGCACAGCCAUGAAGAAAAAGGUGCUGCUCAUGGGGAAAAGUGGGUCUGGGAAGACCAGCAUGAGGUCGAUCAUCUUCGCCAAUUACAUCGCCCGCGACACGCGCCGGCUGGGGGCUACAAUUGAUGUGGAGCACUCCCAUGUGCGCUUUCUGGGCAACCUGGUUUUGAACCUUUGGGAUUGUGGAGGGCAGGAUACCUUUAUGGAGAACUACUUCACCAGCCAGCGAGACAACAUCUUCCGCAACGUGGAGGUGCUGAUUUACGUGUUUGAUGUGGAGAGCCGGGAGCUGGAGAAGGACAUGCAUUACUACCAGUCCUGCCUGGAGGCCAUUCUACAGAACUCUCCCGACGCCAAGGUCUUCUGCCUGGUUCACAAGAUGGACCUGGUGCAGGAGGACCAGAGAGACCUAAUCUUUAAGGAGCGUGAGGAAGAUCUGAAGAGACUGUCCCGCCCUCUCGCUUGCACCUGCUUCAGGACGUCCAUUUGGGAUGAGACGCUGUACAAGGCCUGGUCCAGCAUCGUCUACCAGCUGAUCCCUAAUGUGCAGCAGCUGGAGUCCAACCUGCGCAACUUCGCCCAGAUCAUCGAGGCGGACGAGGUGCUGCUGUUCGAGAGAGCCACCUUCCUGGUGAUCUCUCACUACCAGUGUAGGGAGCAGCGCGAUGCGCACAGGUUUGAGAAGAUCAGCAACAUCAUCAAACAGUUCAAGCUGAGCUGUAGCAAACUGGCCGCCUCCUUCCAGAGCAUGGAGGUGCGCAACUCCAAUUUCGCAGCCUUCAUCGACGUCUUCACCUCCAACACCUACGUCAUGGUGAUAAUGUCAGACCCAUCCAUACCUUCUGCGGCUACGCUCAUCAACAUCCGCAACGCCAGGAAGCACUUUGAGAAGCUGGAGCGUGUGGACGGACCCAAGCACAGCCUGCACAUGCGAAUGCGCUAGAUGCCCGGGGUCUGCGCCCAACCAACCAAUCAACAACAAGAGUCAGGCCCUCAUAAUCUGCUGCCUCGUUAUAGGAGGUGGAACCUCCAAAUAAUACGUGAACCCACCAUGUCUCACUGUGUCACUCAAUCACAAUGUGUUUUCUACCGUAAUACUAAAGGAAAGUUCUAACAAGAGAAUUGUUGGGGUUGAAGGUGUUUGGCUGGUGUCUGGAUUUGUUUCCUCAUCUUCUUGCAUAGAAUUACUUUAUAGGGGCUACAGAGUUUUCUUUGACAGUAGAGUCUCAACACACUGUGCACAUGUUCCCUGAGCAGAGCAGGGAGAAAUUAAAAAGCAUUUUAGGCACAAAUGGAGUUAAAUGAUCUCUCUUCAUUUCAAACGAAUGUGUUUUAUUAAGGAUGCUGUAAAUACUCAGUACAAUAAAAUAGAUGUAAGGCUCUUGUUAUGUGCAGAAAUGUGCCUGUAUGAAGGAAUACAUCCCUAAGAGAUUCCUCUCUCUGUUGCAUCAUAGGUGACUGCUGUUAUUAAUUUUAGCACUGCUGCCACACUUUAAAACAAAAAAGAUAAAAUGUGUAUAUUUUAUAAGUACUUUGCAUGGUGUGUUGAAAACUGUUUUAUCUAAUGUCAUAACAGGACUCUGGUACAAAUUCAUCAAGGAGAAAAAACAGUCACAGUCCAUGUGAAAAUAAAAUGGUUACAAGUUUGUAUUUUUUGGUGUAUUACUAGGGGUCAUAGGGGUCAGAUCACCACAGGAGAUAUUUUUUACAUGAAACAGCAUUGUCAGAGUUCAGAAAAGAACAUUUUGAUACAGGAACAGAGUGAAAAACAAAGUGUAUCUGCACUUGGCUUUUUCUACAGGAUUUUGCAGUGCUGUUGUAGGUAUGCUACUGUUGUGACCUCACAGUAGGGAAUUUUGGGUACAGAAAGAGCUUGAACAAUAGACUGUGGUAUUAAGGGCCUGUAC